AUGGUGAACUUCACUAUCGAAGAGAUCCGUGCGUUGAUGGAUCGCAAAAAAAAUAUUCGUAACAUGUCCGUCAUCGCCCAUGUGGACCACGGGAAAUCUACCCUUACUGACUCACUCGUCUCGAAAGCUGGUAUUAUAGCUGGAGCCAAAGCUGGAGAGACUCGUUUCACUGACACCCGAAAAGAUGAGCAAGAAAGAUGUAUUACCAUCAAAUCCACUGCCAUUUCUAUGUUCUUCGAACUCGAGCCCAAGGAUCUUAACUUCAUCAAGGGAGAGGUCGAAUACACUGAAGUGGACGGGAAAAAAGAAAAAUUCAAGGGCUUUUUGAUCAAUUUGAUUGACUCUCCCGGUCACGUCGACUUCUCCUCCGAAGUAACUGCUGCCCUUCGCGUCACUGAUGGAGCCCUUGUUGUUGUAGACUGCGUUUCUGGAGUGUGUGUCCAAACAGAGACUGUCCUUCGACAAGCGAUAGCUGAACGUAUUAAGCCGAUUUUGUUCAUGAACAAAAUGGAUCGUGCCCUUCUUGAGCUGCAACUUGGGGCCGAAGAGUUGUUCCAAACAUUCCAACGUAUUGUUGAAAACAUCAAUGUCAUCAUUGCUACGUACGGAGAUGAUGAUGGUCCCAUGGGGGCCAUCAUGGUUGAUCCCUCAGUUGGUAACGUCGGUUUCGGUUCCGGUCUUCACGGCUGGGCUUUCACGCUAAAACAGUUCGCCGAAAUGUACGCCGACAAAUUCGGAGUUCAGGUCGACAAACUGAUGAAGAACCUUUGGGGUGACAGAUUCUUCGAUUUGAAGACUAAGAAAUGGAGUUCACAACAGAGCGAAGGUGCAAAGAGAGGAUUCAACCAAUUUGUGUUGGACCCCAUCUUCAAGGUCUUCGAUGCCGUCAUGAACGUUAAGAAGGACCAAGUCGAGGCUCUCAUUGUUAAGUUGGGAAUCAAGCUAGCUAAUGAUGAGAAAGACCUUGAGGGCAAACCCUUAAUGAAGGUGUUCAUGAGAAAAUGGCUUCCCGCUGGAGAUACUAUGCUGCAAAUGAUCUGUAUCCAUUUGCCAUCACCGGUAACGGCUCAAAAGUACAGAAUGGAGAUGUUGUACGAAGGACCCCAUGACGACGAAGCUGCCGUCGCCAUCAAGAACUGCGAUCCCAAUGGCCCUCUGAUGAUGUACGUGUCGAAAAUGGUACCGACAUCCGACAAGGGACGAUUCUACGCUUUCGGACGUGUGUUCUCCGGAAAGGUCGCUACAGGAAUGAAGGCCAGGAUCCAAGGGCCCAACUACGUUCCUGGAAAGAAAGAGGACCUCUACGAGAAGACCAUCCAACGAACCAUUCUUAUGAUGGGUCGUUACAUCGAGCCUAUUGAGGACAUUCCAUCAGGAAACAUUGCUGGUCUCGUUGGUGUUGACCAGUACCUUGUAAAAGGAGGAACCAUCACAACUUUCAAAGAUGCUCAUAACAUGCGAGUGAUGAAAUUCUCCGUUUCACCUGUCGUCCGUGUUGCUGUUGAGGCGAAAAACCCGGCUGAUUUGCCCAAAUUGGUCGAAGGAUUGAAACGUCUCGCAAAGUCUGAUCCCAUGGUGCAGUGCAUCUUCGAGGAAUCGGGAGAACAUAUCAUCGCUGGUGCUGGCGAACUCCAUCUUGAGAUUUGUUUGAAGGAUCUUGAAGAGGACCAUGCUUGCAUCCCCCUGAAGAAGUCGGACCCCGUCGUAUCAUAUCGUGAAACAGUCGCGGAGGAGUCGAACCAAGUUUGCUUGUCGAAAUCGCCAAACAAGCACAAUCGUUUGCAUGCCACCUGCAAGCCAAUGCCUGACGGAUUAGCUGACGACAUCGAGAAUGGAACCGUCAAUGCUCGUGAUGAGUUCAAAGCUCGUGCCAAAAUUUUGGCAGAGAAAUACGAUUACGACGUCACUGAAGCGCGUAAAAUUUGGUGCUUCGGCCCCGACGGAACUGGUCCCAAUAUUCUAGUCGACGUAACGAAGGGGGUUCAGUACCUCAAUGAAAUCAAGGAUUCGGUUGUAGCUGGAUUCCAGUGGGCAACAAGAGAAGGAGUCUUAGCUGACGAACACAUGCGCGGAAUUCGUUUCGAUAUCCAAGAUGUUACGCUCCAUGCUGAUGCCAUUCAUAGAGGUGGUGGACAAAUCAUCCCAACUGCUCGUCGUGUUAUUUAUGCAUGCGUACUCACUGCUUCACCAAGACUUUUGGAACCUGUUUACCUUGUUGAAAUCCAAUGUCCCGAAGUUGCCGUUGGUGGUAUCUAUGGUGUGCUCAACCGUCGAAGAGGACACGUUUUCGAAGAGUCACAAGUCACCGGUACUCCUAUGUUCGUUGUGAAAGCCUAUCUUCCCGUCAACGAAUCAUUUGGUUUCACUGCCGAUCUACGUUCGAAUACUGGUGGUCAAGCCUUCCCUCAAUGUGUGUUUGACCACUGGCAAGUUUUACCAGGAGACCCACUGGAGCCCGGAACGAAGCCUAACCAGGUUGUUCUUGAGACAAGGAAACGUAAAGGACUCAAGGAGGGCGUGCCCGCACUUGACAACUACCUUGACAAAAUGUAA